GCUUCCAUUGACUUCCAUUCAUUUUAAACCCUUUCUAUGACCUAAUCCUGACCCUAAUCUAAAUUUAAUUGACAUUUUAGUGCCAAACCUAAUCCCUGGUCCAGAAAAAAAGUGAGGACCAAAAAAAAUAAAUAAAUCCUCACUUCACAUCAAAGUCCUGACUUUACUAGGAAAAUGCGCAAACAAAUGUUCCAAGUACAAGUGGGGACACGGGCGCCCCCUACUGACGUCUGAGCGCAAACCCUGGGGACGGGUGGGGAAACAGCCACCGUGCUCCUGCGCGUAUUCCUUGCCAGCUCUGCUGCCUUGUUGAAGGAAAGAAGAAGGAGGCACCGAUGCCCCCAGACCGCCUCUCCCACGUCGGCCUGGCCCUGCUCCCGUCUUCAGGCCUUCUGCGCUGAGAGAAUGAAAGGAUGGCGGAGCGGCGCUCUGGCGGGGACCGCGAAGUGCUGACGGAUGCUGCAGCUGCCGUUCGCCGGGAUGACCACAAGCACCAUGACGCGAUGAAUUCGCCGGAGGAUCUGUCUCUGGAGGAGAUCCUGAGGCUCUACAGCCAGCCCAUCAACGAGGAGCAGGCAUGGGCGGUGUGCUACCAGUGCUGCCGGACGCUGGCGAAGGCGCACCGGGCCGAAGGGAGCCCCGCUGCCACCGGAGCAUCCUCCGCGGAGGAGCCGCGGAGGAUCUCGGGUCCGGAGGAUGUCAGGAUACAGAGAGACGGCUCGGUGAGGAUGGAUCACCGCGGCGGUGAAGGUAAAGACAGCCCUUGCACAACACCUGAGGUUAUUGAGUCUCUGGGCAUCAUGAUCUACAAGGCUCUGGACUAUGGCCUGAAGGAAAACGAGGAACGAGAACUUAGUCCUCCGCUGGAGCAGCUCAUCGAUCUCAUGACCAACUCGGCCGAGGCUGAGAAGGAAGCCUGCCUUGACGAAGGCUAUGAGGCCACAGAAGAGGAGGACGAAAGAGAAUAUGACCCUAAGACCAUCUCCAGUGUUCACAGUUACAGAGACAUCCUGAAGCUGUGUACGGCUCAUCUUCCCAGUGUGUCGGAUGGGCCCAGUCACUACCAGGCAGUGUGCCGAGCUCUGUACACGGAAACCAGGGAGCUCCGCACCUUUCUGCAGAAGAUCAAGAGUGCCAAAGAGAACCUCAGAAAGAUGGAGAAGGAGACCUCAGAGGAGCCGGGGCGAGACCUGAACGAGCUGCAGAACGCUGACUGGGCUCGGUUCUGGGUCCAGGUCAUGAGGGACCUUCGUGAAGGAGUCAAGCUGAAGAAGGUGCAAGAGCGUCAGUACAAUCCUCUGCCCAUAGAGUACCAGCUCACUCCGUACGAGAUGCUCAUGGAUGACAUCCGGUCCAAACGCUACAAGCUGCGCAAAGUCAUGGUCAAUGCAGACAUCCCUCCGAGGUUAAAGAAAAGUGCUCAUGAAGUUAUCCUGGAGUUCAUCAGGUCCAGACCACCACUUAAUCCUGUGUCGGCUCGUAAGCUGAAGCCUCAGGCUCAGCCCCCUCCCACCCUGCAUGAGCGGAUCCUGGAGGAGAUCAAAGCCGAGAGGAAACUUCGACCAGUGUCCCCCGACCAGAUCCGCAGAGGAAGGCUGGCAAUUCGGCCACUUAGCAUGUCUCACAGUUUUGACGCGUCAGGAGGAGUUUUGUUUCCCUGUGGAGUGUCUGUCUCUGACAGUUGAGGAAGUGAUGCACAUCAGACAGGUGCUGGUGAAAGCAGAGCUGGAGAAAUUCCAGCAGUACAGAGACGUCUACAAUGCCAUGAAGAAGGGGAAGCUUUGCUUCUGCUGUCGAACCAAAAGGUUUUCCUUUUUCACCUGGUCCUAUACCUGCCAGUUCUGCAAAAAGCCUGUGUGCUCACAGUGCUGCAAAAAGAUGAGGCUUCCAUCGAAACCUUACUCCAGCCUGCCUAUCUACUCCAUUGGCUCUACCAACACCCUGCCCAGAGACAGAAUAAGUGCCAUGGCUGCUGCAGGACAAGGAUUCUCUGAGGCUGGGGGGCCGGGGCCCUCGACGGAAGCGGGAGGGGCUGCUCCAUCCCCACCUUUGAAAGGAGCUACCAAAGCAGCAUCUAAAGGAGCUGGAAAAACCACAGGAGCAGCAGCAGCUGCCAAGGCUGACAAGCCGGCCGGGAGCCAACAGCGCCACAGCAUUCAGAAGACCAUGUCCAAGCUGUCGAAACAUGGCUCCUUAAAGUCUCACGAAGAACUGGAGCUCCCGCCAGAGCUCACAGAGGACUGGGCCACCAUGGAGGUGUGCGUGGACUGCAAGAAGUUCAUCUCUGACAUAAUCGCCUCCAGCAAGCACAGCCUGUCGCUGGCCACCAAGAGGGCUCGCUUAAAACGCAAGACGCAGUCCUUCUACAUGUCCUCGCCUAAAGGAGCAGAGGGCUACAGACCCUCUGAACGAACAAUCAAUGAAAUCUAAAAGUGCUCGUGCUUACCGGGUGACGGAGAACUGUCAGAGUGACUCAUAUGACCGUUCAGAGACUGAGUGGUUUUCCUUUCCUCCUCGUCCUGCUCAGCUCCUCCAGACGUCCGCAUGUUGCAGGGCCUCAAGUCUCUUUGAGUUCUUUUCCGUGUCUGAAUCGUAUAUUUCUCCGCCCACAAGCAGUUGACUUAAAUAGGACAAAUAUCCUGAAAGUCAAUGUGGACUGACGUCUCACCAUUGAUAGCACAACUGUGUCGCCCAGAUAAACUCAAGAUUCCUUUUAAAGCACAAAACGGAGGAGAAAUUCUCUUUUAAACAGAGAGAGAGAAAGAGAGAUGCUCAAGAAAACAUAAAGCUGUAUAUUUUAUAUGGGUUAUAAUUUAGUUUUUUACAUGUAUGUCUGGGUGUAUGCGUGUGGUCUGUAAAGGAUUGCUUCCGAAAAAAAAGAAAUACCACCUCCUGUUUUGGAUUUUGCUGAUAACGCUCAGGGAGAUGUAUCCCCACUGCUGCUAUCAGCCCACCUGACAACGUUGUUCCGCUUUUCUGGAGAAAAUGCAAGCGGUUUUCUUCUGAACAGUUUUUCUGUCAAAAUGAGCACCGGACAGCACCCGUCUUCUGCUUUAGAUAUUAAGUUGUGCCAAAUAACACUUUGGUUUACCAGGGAGUCACCCAAAGAAAACCUUCGUUCCUGGGGGACUGUUGCCACGGUAUCACUGCUAACCCCGAGACAAAGCCUACAAUCAAUCCAUCCAGUCAUUGUCUUCUGCUUAUUUGAGAUAGGGUCAUGGAGACAACAGGUAACCCAGACAUCCCUUAGCACUGCAACACUGUCCAAGGGGUAAUAUCUCUUGUGAAGAGACUCUUUCCAGUUAGAAGACGUCCCACAAAAAAAGCCUUCUAUGGAGAUCCCAAGCAAAGAUUUUUAUCAAAGGCCGGAAACACCUGCGCAUACUCUUUCUUAUGCGGAGGAGGAUCAGCUGUACUCUGAGCCGUGAUGAUGGAGCUCCUCAGCAUAUCGCUAUAACAUUACACACAUCCAGGAAAAUCAUCUCACCCGCUUUAAUCUGGGGGUGUUUGUCUUUGCCAUGACCUUCGUUUACGGCAUAUUCCUAAAGCCCAGUAACUCACUGAAGCUGAGUUUUUCUCCAUUUUAGCUUGAAUCGGCCCAGCUUUAAGGUUUACACUAGAUUCCCAUUCUUAUUUUAUUUUUGUUGUGAAUGAGAGGCUUGAUUUUAAAAUGGUCCCUAUUUUUACAUAACGGCACACAUGAUCUUGCCGGAGGCUGGUGAGCGCCACGCAGAGCCGCACCAGUGCUGCAGUUCUGGAAGCGGAUGCAAACGAAAAUCUGCGAUUGUUUGUUUCUUAACUUGGAUCUGUCUAUUAAAACGUGCGCAUUUUUGCAUAUUCUUAAUUGUCAAUUGACACGAAUCAACGUAUGGUACAUGUAACCGAUUUACUUUUCUUCAUAUUAACUUGUGUUAGAAUGUUUGCAUCAUGUAAAAGGUUAGUCAUAAUAAAAUGCCUCAUGUACAGACAACGACACCCAGCUCACUGUAUAGGCAGCGAAUAGUUAACAGGUUUUAUACACACAACAUAACUUUGAAAUGCCUUUAUGAUUUCUAAUAAUCAUCCAGAGCCUACCUGGAAGGGAGUAAUGUCUGCCUUCGCACCUGGACGUGUUCCUCAUCUACAUGAUAUAUUUCUGCCUUACAAGCUGCCUUUUCAUGAUCAUUCAUUCGUUGAAUAGUCAUCCAGCGUUGGUGUACAUACUUUGCUUGUGGUGGUUUGUGCGUCUGUAGGUCAGGUGGUUGUUGUCUCGGCGAAGACGGCGCUGACAGUGACACAGGUGUAGGGCCGCACAUGAGAGAGGAAAUCCCUGCUGCUACGGCGUGGGCGAGGUAAACGUAAAGGGGACUUCACAGUGUGGCAGGCAGCAACAUGCAUGUUCUACGGUGUAGCUUGUUCCCCAGGUCUGUAUUACCUUUAAUAUGUAACUACCUGCAGAGAUUGCAGCAAACAAUGACAAUAAACUGUACUGCAAUACCC